GACCCCACGAACGAAACCAUAAAAAUCGCACUGCUAUUGUUGAGGAUAACGAGAAGCAGUAGUACCUCCAAAAUCCAAAUACAAUGAUGCUGCUUAAUAGCAGAAGAAGAAUGUCAUCAGUUAAGACAACCCCGCUAAAAUGCUAAAAAUAACGACCACUUCAGUAACAGCUCCACCUCCACACUUAUCUCCGUCUUCAUCAACAACCACCACCACUCAGAAAAACCUCCUUAACCACAUAAACCGGCGCCACCUCCUCACUGCACUCUCUAUCUCAAUCUCCACAUCCCAUUUAUCCAUACCAGUCGCUGAUGCCCGUGGCCUCUUCCAAAUGCCCCCUCCCCGCCUCACCAACCAGUAUUAUUUGGUGAGAGCUGGGGAGUCUGAGUUUGAGAGCCUGGGGAUUAUCAACACAAAUCCGGUAGCAAAAACAUCAGUUGAUAGUGGGUUGUCAGAGAAAGGGAAGAAACAGAUUGUGAAAGCUGCUUUACAGUUGAAAGAAAUGGGAGCUUGUGAUACAGGGUGUUGGAUUUGGCCUUCCAUUACUCAGAGAGCUUACCAAACUGCAGAGAUUAUUGCUGCUGCUAAUAGGAUUAGUAGGAGUUAUAUAGUUCCAGAGUACAGCUUCCUGGAUGCCCGUGGUUUAGGAGCUUAUGAAGGCAAGAAUUUGGAAGCUGUUUCGGAAGUAUAUGCAUCAGAUACUAUUUCUCCAAGAAACAAGCCCCCUCCCAUCGACGAUGGAACCCCAAAUGAGAGUGUUGCAGACGUGUUUGUCCGUGUUACACAGCUGAUGUCCAUUCUUGAAACUCAGUACUCUGAGGAAACGAUCAUCAUUGUAUCUCCAGAUUCUGAUAAUUUAACAAUACUCCAAGCUGGUUUAGUCGGUCUUGACCUUCGAAGGCACAGAGAUCUUUCUUUUGCUCCUGGGGAAGUCAGAUUUGUUGAUAUCAGCAGCAUACCAACUUAUAAACAACCUGCCUCUGCUGUAUAUAAAUGUAGAAACCCACCAAUCUGUAACUGAAAUGUCUGUGUUCAAUUUACACAAAGAAUGAAGACAUAAACUUAAUUGUUUGACCA